AUGGAUAUCAAGAUUCAACUGUAUUUACAGGAAACUAUUUUCAACAACAAACAGCCUAUCAGUUAUCGUUGGCUAACUAGAGAAUUUUCAAUUCAUUCUUUAAAAGCUAAAAGAGCAUUGGCUUCCUUUUAUGAGUCUCAUAAAAACAAAUUAAAACCAACUUUCAUAAUAAUAGGAUAUCCCAGUGACUUGUUAUCACAGUCCAACUCAACAUUGAUAUCAGUGAUUGAAUUCGAUGACACUGAUAACUCUAAUAUUAUUAGCGAAAAGUUGAAUGAAAGAAAAUCCAAGUUUCAAAAAAUAAUAUCUCUUGAGGUUUACAGUUUAUGUUUAUUACAUUCAAAAAUUAAUUUAAAUCAGAUAAUAAGUGGAGCAGAAGCAAAAUUGUCAAAUCUUGCUUUUUCUUCAGAUACUAAAUACAACUAUAAUGAUUCUAACUUGGAAUUGUGGGGAGUGAUAAAGGGUUCUCAUUUAACAGAUAGUAUUCAUGAUACUUUGAAUAAUAAUAAAAAUGUAAAUAAGGCUUCAAAUGCUGAAAUAUCGACUAAAACUAUUAACAAUGAAAAGAAACAGAACAUCCCAAGUUUCAAUACAGGGCUAUCUUCUAAUUAUGUUUCUAGAAAAUUAGAGAAAAAGCCUCUUCACUCUAUAACUCCAGACACUGAUAUUAGAUCAACUAAAAGAUUUAAAACUGAUUCUUCUAUCAACAAUGGUUUAAAUAUGAAUAAAAGCAAGGUAAAUACAAGCAUUGAUAAUGUUAACAGAUCUUCAGUAAGGAGCAAGACUGAAAAUCCACCUCAAAAGUAUGUUUAUGUUUCAAGAAAACAAGAAACUAAAAAACCCAAAGAAAAAGUUAUAGUUUCGAAUAUAACUGAGAGUGGUGACGAAAGUGAUGGAUUUGAGGAAAUUGGAACUUCUAUCAACAAAAAUUUCAGCAAGGGUCUCACUAAAAUGCAGGAGGAAAGUCUAAAACAAAGAAAAGAACUCGAAACUUUAUUUAAUGAUGAUAACGAUGAGGAAAUGGUGGACCCAGAUUUAGAUGCUUUUUCACUCGAAAAUAAAAAUAAAAAUAAAAAUAAAUUAGAAAAGGAUAUAAAUAACAAAAGUAUGAAUGAUGAUACUGAAAUGAUUGAAAUAGAUGUAGAUAAUGAACUGUCAGUUGAAAAAAUAAAUAAGAGUUCUUUCGAUAAUAAGUCCGGAUCAAAGGUGAAAUUAUUUGCAGAAUCCGAACUAUUCUCUAAACAAAGAAAUAUUAGUGGCGAACCAGAAACUAUUAUAAAAAAAGAACCUCAAAUGUCUAAUUUUGUGGAUGAAGAUGGUUAUCUUGUAACCCAAGUUGAUAAAAGUUCUAAAACAACAAAAGCCAAACCAAAACUACAAUCAAGACCUAAAGCAAAAAAUAGUGUCAAUGAUGCAAUUUCAAAUUCAAAAAAGGGGAAACAAAGCUCUAUAAUGAAUUUUUUUGGAACAAGAUAA